AUGACUAGAAAUCUCUCGGGAGGAAACAACCUUCACAAGUUUGGACCCGUAGGUGAGGGAGAGACACCACGCACAAAGGAAAAGCGGCGGAGGCCCGGGGGAUCCCACAGUGAUUUGCAGUCCCUCACCUGCUCAGGGAGAUUGGUGGCGGCCCCGGGGGCGGGGCAAAGCGAACGUCACUUCCGGCCGCGGCCCGCCAGGUCCUCUCGCGCUCUGACGGCCAGUGCGGAGACGCGGGGGCGACGCCCAGGAGUCGGGGUAGGAGUAGUGGUGACCAGCUGCAGGCAUCCUCGCUGCGUCCUCCUGGGGAGGAGGAAAGGGUCAUUUGGAGCCGGCAAUUUCCAACUUCCCGGGGGCCACUUGGAGUUCGGUGAAAGCUGGGAAGAAUGUGCUCAAAGGGAAACCUGGGAAGAAGCAGCUCUUCACCUGAAAAAUGUUCGCUUUGCCUCGGUUGUGAAUUCUUUCGUUGAGGAAGAGAAUUACCAUUAUGUCACUAUUUUAAUGAAAGGAGAGGUGGACGGGACUCAUGAUUCAGAACCAAAGAAUGUAGAGCCUGAGAAAAAUGAAAGUUGGGAGUGGGUUCCUUGGGAAGAAUUUCCUCCCCUGGACCAGCUUUUCUGGGCACUACGUUGUUUAAAGGAACAAGGCUACGAUCCAUUUAAAGAAGAUUUGGAUCAUCUGUUAGGAUACAAAGGAAAUCACCUAGAGGUGAACAAGGAGACUCCCUGAUUUUUUUUUUUUU